AUGGGUGCUAGCCAGGAGAGCCUGCAGGGGAACAGAUACCCCGUCUACUGUGCCCUGCAGCCCCGCAGGCCCGUCUGCAGGAAACGGAAAAGAAGCACAUUUCCAGCCUUUGGGAAAGAAGUGUGUUGCAUCGAUCAUUCGAUGUGCCCUGUCCCCAGCACUUUUCAUCGAGAGCCCAUCUGCUGUGAGUGCUUGGCCAAAUUUGGGGGCUACCUGCCAGUGCCCAGGGCUAAGGCAGCACUGCCUUACUGGGUCCCUCUCUCCUUGAGACCCCAAAAUCAGAUCCAAAAGAUGAUCCGGUCUUAUAUUCCCAAAACCACCAAGGCAUGCCUCUGCCCAUGCCACCGCUUUGGGGGCCACCUCCCGAUGCCUAGGGAUCAGGCCGUGAUGCCCUACUGGGUGCCCCAGGUCCUGAGGUCUCACAAGAAGGUGGUGAAAAGGCAGCAGAGUUUUAAAGGCAUCUCAGCCCCUCUGGAUGUGCGCUCCGGGUACAACCGCUGGCGGAUCUGUGGCGAAGGGCGCCAUCUCCUCAAGUGGCAGCAGCUCCAGGCUCUUCACCAGGCUGGGCCGGUGGCCUCGGGGCAGCCAGAAGGCCCCCCAGCCCCCCUCCUGCCCCUCAACCUCAGCCUCCUGACACUCCUCCAUGCUCUGCUGAGGGUCAUGGAGGCCAUCCGCCAGCUUUUUUGGGUAUGAAGUUGGAAUCAACGGCUACUGUCAAGAACAUCAACAAAAAUGUCCAUCCUCCUCAAGGUCUUGAACAAAAGCCAUCAAAUCAGGGAGAGUCUGUAACAGUCACUGUUCUCUCAGUCAAU